AUGGGUAUCAAAACUGGCAUCACCCUUUACACCGAGGGAACCCCAAACGGGCUCAAGAUAUCCAUUGCUUUGGAGGAACUCGGUCUGGAAUACAAGGUCAUCACUUUGGAUUUUAGCAAGCAUGAGCAAAAAGAACCAUGGUUCCUUGACAUCAAUCCCAACGGUCGCAUCCCAGCCAUCACUGAUAAAGACGAAUUUGGCCAUGAGAUUAAAGUAUUUGAGAGUGGUGCAAUUCUAGAGUACCUCGUAGCCAGAUACGAUGAGGGCCACAAGAUAUCUUAUCCUUACAAGUCAAAGGAACACUGGGAGAGCAUCAGCUGGCUGAUGUGGCAAGUCUCUGGUCUCGGACCUAUCCAGGGUCAGGCCAACCAUUUUACUCGCUAUGCACCAGAAAAGAUGAAAUAUUCUAUCGAUCGCUACGUUAGUGAGAGCCAUCGUCUCUACCGCACUUUGGACCAGCAGCUCACCAAGAAUGGAACUGGUUAUAUCGUCGGAGAGAGACUUACCAUUGUGGAUAUUGCUGUUUGGCCAUGGGUAGCUGCCCACAAUUUCUCUGGACUUCCUGAUGUCAUGAAGUACAUUCACAUCAAAGAGUGGUUCAACAAGCUGUUGGACCGACCUGGAUUUGAAGCUGGUCGUAAUAUACCGAGACCUCAUUUCCACAUCACCCUCAAUAAUCUGCCUGAGGAGGAAUUGGAAAAGUUCGCAGAGCCGGGCAUUAAGUGGCAGAAUGAGGCUCGGAAGAAGGAGGCUGCAUUGUCUUAUCUUGCGUAG